AAAAUGGCUUCACUUCCGGGAUUUGUUCGCUAAUGCCCCGCGAACUUGACGCACCUGGGGGCCAACAGCGAGCGAAGCCACCGUCAACCAGGCUGGAAAGUGCAACAAAAUGAAGGCUGUCGGCUAACUUUGUCGUUUUUAUUACCGCUCACACACGGAGGUACUUUUCGGACACACCGCCAUCUUGUCAUUUUUCUGCCUGGAAGGCUGCGGCGGGCUACACUGACAGCCGUUGGGCCUCGUCGUCGUGGCCCAGCAGGACUCGAGUGAAGUUGGGAGCGGACUGCCAAACUUCUGCUUCCUCUAGCGGCUCUCCGCAGGGCCCGGGGCUCCUGUCACCGGCCCUGUGGAUGAGGAAGUGAAUACACAUCCAACCAACCACCAGGAGAAGGAAUCCCUUUGAUGGGAGAAUCCUCUUUCCUGGCCUCCUGGGUCAAUCGCCGUGCCAUGAUGAUGGAUGAGCAGGAGGCGCUGAACUCGAUCAUGCAGGACUUGGCCGAACUGCACCGCUCCAGCCGUCCUGCCAUGUUCCUGUCGGACCUGGGCAAACCCAAAGCCUCCUCGCCCAAGAACCAGAACGAUGUCAGAGUGAAGUUCGAGUUCAAAGGGGAGAAGAGGAUCCUGCAGUUUCCUCGUCCUGUCAAGCUGGACGACCUGAAGGCAAAAGCUAAAGUGGCUUUCGGUCAGACGAUGGACCUUCACUACACCAACAACGAGUUGGUGAUUCCUCUGACCACUCAGGACGACCUGGACAAGGCCGUGGAGCUGCUGGAUCGCAGCGUUCACAUGAAGAGCCUGAAGAUCCUCCUGGUGCUCCAGAUGUCUUCUCAGAACUCUUCCUCCAACAUGGACCUCUUGCCGUCCCAUGAAGAGCUGGACAACACAGGAUUCAGGGUUGCUGACAAGAAGAGUAUGCUGGCUUUGAUAGGCUCCCAUUCGACGGACCGCAGCUCCCCUCCUCCGGGUUAUAUCCCCGACGCGCUCCAGCAGGUGGCGAGGAACGGAUCCUUCACCAGCAUCAAUAGCGAGGGGGAGUUCAUACCUGAGAGCAUGGACCAGAUGUUGGACCCGCUGUCCAUGAGCAGCCCGGAGAACUCAGCGUCUGGAAGUUGUCCGUCUUUAGACAGCCCGCUGGACAGCGACUACCCGAAGUCCAGGAUGCCUCGAGCACAGAGCUACCCCGACAACCACCAGGACUUUCCAGAAUACGACAUCCCAGUCUUUGAGAAGUCGGGUAAAGGUGGAACGUACCCUCGUCGAUACGGCAUUCCCUUCGGCCUUCAGGACUACAGUGAUGGGAGGAAAACAUUCCCUCGGGCUCGGCGAACGCAGGUUCACGGCUUCCGCUCGCCGGUCAGCUUCAGCCCGACCGAGCAGUCGCCCAGCACCAGCAGCGGCAGCAGCGUCUUCACCCCGGACCUGGAGGAGGCCCCGGGGCCCGCCAGGAGGCCGCGGAGGGGCAGCGACAUCGAACCCAACCCCAACCCGACCGCUGCUCCGACCCUGUCUGUGAUGGACAUCAGCCCGCCCAGCCGCUCUCCACGCGCUCCAACCAACUGGCGGCUCGGGAAGCUCCUGGGGCAGGGCGCCUUCGGACGGGUUUUUCUCUGCUAUGAUGCAGAUACUGGACGGGAACUGGCCGUCAAACAGGUCCAGUUUGACCCGGAGAGUCCGGAAACCAGCAAGGAGGUGAGUGCACUGGAGUGUGAGAUCCAGCUGCUGAAGAACUUGUGCCACGAGCGGAUCGUCCAGUACUACGGCUGCCUGCGAGACACCAUGGAGCGAACGCUCUCCAUCUUCAUGGAGUACAUGCCCGGCGGCUCCAUUAAGGACCAGCUGAAGUCGUACGGAGCGCUGACGGAAAACGUGACGCGCCGCUACACCCGGCAGAUCCUGGAGGGGGUCUCGUACCUGCACAGCAACAUGAUCGUCCACAGAGACAUCAAAGGAGCCAACAUCCUUCGUGACUCGGUGGGCAACGUGAAGCUGGGGGACUUCGGGGCGAGCCGGCGGCUGCAGACCAUCUGUCUGUCCGGAACAGGCAUCAUGUCUGUGACCGGCACCCCCUACUGGAUGAGCCCGGAGGUGAUCAGUGGAGAGGGCUACGGCAGGAAGGCCGACAUCUGGAGCGUCGGCUGCACCGUCGUGGAGAUGCUGACCCAGCGACCACCAUGGGCGGAGUUUGAGGCCAUGGCGGCCAUCUUUAAGAUCGCCACGCAGCCCACCAACCCCUCGCUGCCCGCCCACGUGUCGGACCACUGCCGGGAGUUCCUCAAAUGGAUCUUUGUAGAGACCAAGCAGCGGCCGUCUGCUGAUGAGCUACUGAGGCACAUCUUUGUACAUUAGCCCCGCCCCUGAACAUUUAACCCCGCCCCCCACCCCAGGAGAGAGUGGCUGGAAGUAGGUGGGGUGUGUCGGCGGCGGCGGCGGUGUCUCUGUUUGUAUGAGACCGCCAUAAAUGGACAAUUUUAUUUUAAUUUUCUCCGCAAGUUGCACCUUAAUUUCCCAGACGAGGAGCGGUCGAGCACUUCCUCCUGAAGCGAUGAAAAACUUUAAAACAACGUCUCCUGUUUGUUUUUUUUAUGUUUGUACGGUUUCUCCCUUCAAACGGUUUGGAGUGGGACAGUGUCGGUGUUGUGGACCUACAGGAGGUGACGUCCUCUCGCUGACCCGACCCCAGAAUGUAGUCUCCUGCCAAAACCCAGAGCGACGGUGAUGACCUGGGCCCGCUGCUACAGACGAAACUAAACCCCGAUGCAGAGAACACUCCCCGAGAAUCCACCCUCCUCUUCCUCCCCCAUCUUCGUUCUUCGCUGUGUGCCUUUUCUGUUUUUUAAACGCAGUUUGAACCGCAAGCUUUCUCGAUGUUGUUUUGCCUCCCGGAUAAACUGCCUUCACACCGUUAAACCCAAAUCCAGCUGAUCUCAGUUCAGCCGUUCUGUCCAUUUUUGCCUUUUUCUGUAACAGCUGAUCUCAGCUCAGCUCUACCCGCCAAAUAUCCCUCAAGACUUUCUGUUCGAAAAACUCACCGUGCUCGCUCUCAGACAGGGAUUGGUACGCCUGCUUCUCUUCCUCUUCUGCUCCUCACAGUGCUCACCGGUCAGAUUGGUCAGCCAGGAAGUCUGUUUCCUGUUUGGUCCGUUAAAGGUGCUGCAGUCGACUCAUUUCUCUGAAAUUGUCGUUUCAGUCACUGGAUGUAUCAAGUGCGUAAUGAACUUAAAUCCAGUCGUCACACUGACUUUUGUCGCUCUUCCUCAACAGUAAUCUGCAGAAACCUUCCUAGAACUUCACGUUAACAGAAUAUAGAACUAAAUCUACUUGAUCCAAACCAAUAAUUGGAUGAAUCUGCUCUGAGGACAGUAAAUUUAACCUCUUUGUGGGUUUUUUUGGAUAUUUUAAUGGAGCGAAACAUGAAGCGUAAAUAUGUAAACUACUACAUUUAUCACCAAACUAAUGAAUUUAGAGUCGCAGCCCUGAAACGAACUGAAUUGCUGCAAACAAAACAAGAAUGGGACCUUAAUUCUGUCUUCUUUGGUACUUCUCGAGUGUCGAUGGUACAAACAGAAACCGGAUCGGUACAGAACCUCUCUGCCGUGACCUCGUGAUGACUUGAAGCAGGACAGGUGCGCAUGAAGAGCGUCGACCUGCUCACAGCUGAUUGGCCGGAGUUCUGGCUGUAUGACGCUGUCGUCGGUUAUAUUUCAAACUAAAAGAAGAAGAACCAGAACAUUUCCAGCCGUCUCGCUCGCUGCUCGCUGAGGUACGUUAACAGUCUGAGCGCUCGUGUCGUCUCUGCUCGGCUCUCCUACAGAUCAGACGUUUACAGAAUCUCACAGCUUCGUUCUUUUGCCAAAUCGAAACGCGUCAUCGUUAACUCGUCACUUUAGCCAAACCACAAACGCUCCGUUCUGCAUGUGUCGUCCUGCGUUUCGUCCUGGGCCGAGCUCCCGUAGCGUCGUACGUACGUAGAGGUCGUUUACAGCACUGGAUCCAUAACUAUGCACCAACGAACCGGACAGCAGGAUCACGUCUCUACAACCAGAGGCUGCUCGUCGACUCCUUCAUCCAGCUUCAGUAUCAACGUGCACUUUGUUUAGUUUCUCCUGAACCUUUUAAACUCGACACACUCUGCAGCUGAAGUUAUUAUCACCUCACCUGAUUGAUGGAGACGUUAUAACGAGCUUUAUGAAGUAACAGAAAGGUAGAAAGGUACGAUAAAGUUUUUGGAGGUCGAGGUUUUGGGACGUAGCUGGUACUUAGUGAUAAAGUUAUCACAUGCACACAAAUAAGAACAAAUUCUAAUAAUAAGAAUAAUUUGAGUUUCUUUCUAUCAUUCUUAAUAAUAAUAAUGCAAAACAUCUGAGAAGUUUUCUGGAGAGUUCGCUGUUUGAUUUGGUAUAUAAAUGUCACGUUUCCAACAAGAAGAAUGAAUUGAUUUGUACUCAGAUUACAAUGGAGCACUUAUUUUCAAAAUCAGUAGCAAAUUAAACAGAAACCUUCCAGGAAAAGAUUGAAAAUUCAUUGUGUGCUUGCAGUUGUUGUAGUUCCUGCAGCGGCCACUAGAUGUUACUAAAGAGACGGACUUAGCCUCCUUAAUAAUAUAUUACGCAAGAGGAUCAGGGUGACUGAAACAUUUUGAUUAAAUUUGUUUGAUUUUUGAGCAGAUUUUCUGCUUAUUUUUCUUAAUUGCAGAACUCUGUGAAUUUAGUUUCGCAGCGUCCCUUAUCCUCUUCCGUUCUUCCCCUCUUGACUCCUGGAAGUCACUCUGACAGCCUCUCCAGAGCUUCGUCACCGUGGAUGAUUUUCUCUGAUGGUACUUAGUUUAAAACUCUGGUUGUAGAAACGUCCUCUCUCCGUCUUUUUAACUUCUUCGCUCGAUUUAUGCAUUUUCUCUCCCAACGGUACUUGUCCAAACACACAAAAGACAAACUCUGCUCCGUGUCAUGAUAGAUGAGUAUUGAGUUCGAGGCGGCCGGCGGUACCGGUCCGGUACAGAUGGAGACGGAGCAGUCGGCGCCGCCUGCACUGGUAAACCUGAUGCGCACUCCCAUGAUGCACUAUGGAUGAUUCACUGAUGCUCCUCCUCGACCUCUCGUCAGCUGUCGCUCCUGCAGCUCGGCUCAGCGACCUUUUCUUUGCACAUUUUAAAGACUAUUUUUUAUUUUUACACGAGUGUGAUUGUGAGCGAACGUGUGUGUGUAUGAGUGUGUGUGUGUGUGUGUGUGUGUGUGUGUGUGUGUGUAUGUGUAUGAGUGUGUGUCGACUCAAUACAUGAAUGUAAUGUCUUUAGUUUUUUUACCGUCAGAUGGCCUCGUUCACCGCCGUGGAUUAACUCUUCGGUACCAGUAUUUGUCACCUGCAAACGCCAAGACACACCUGUAGUUCUCUCUUUAAAGCCACUGCUGCCACUCCUGGAUGUGUGUGUGUGCGUGUGUGUAUUUUUAUGUGUGUGUGUGUGUGUGUGAGUUUGUAAACGUGCAUUUACUGCAAUUUGUGCUCUUUGGACACUGCGCCCGAAAUGCCUUGAGCAUUCUGACUGUAGGGGUGACAACAGUAAAAUAAAGAUGAUAGAAGAUGAAAUUAAAAACAUCCUGUACAAAUGUAUAAAAUGAAAAUGUACCCUUUUUUAAAAAAAGAAAAAAAAAAAAAGAAGUCCACUUAUAUCCCACUUGUUUGGUCUCUGUGUAUGUAAAAGAAGCCAUGUUUAUAAUUCUAAUUGGUUUGUGACCAAUACGCCUGUUUAUAUCAGAUCUGUAUAUCAGUGGUACGCAUAAUUUUUUAAUAUAUAUUUUUUAUUUUACUUUUUUUUAAAUGGGAGAUUUUAUGCAUGGUUGGGUCCUGAGAGACGCAGCGGUGCCGUCGAAUGGUUGCUGUUUUUUGGCAAAAAAAAUUCUGGAGUAUUGCGACAGCUCUGUGUUCAUAAUUACUACAAUUAUGACUAUGACGAUUAAAAACAAUAAAAGAUAUUUAUUUCA